AAAAUUAUGUCUCAAUUCGACCAGACGACACGUACCUGGAGCGGUCCACGGCAGCCGCCGGUCCUCAAUCCAGCCGCCAGCCUGGGUCAGGUGAUUGCGAACGUUCUCGAGCGGACGCCGGAAAAGGUGUUCCAGAUCUGUGCCGACACCGAAGCGGUUAUGAGCUGUGGCGAACUGCGAACCCAAAUGAUCCGAGUGGCUUUGAAUCUGAGCAAACGGUGCAAUGUGUCUAAGUAUGAUAUGGUGUGUGUGGUGGUGAAUAACAGUGCCUGUGUGACUCCGCUGCUGCUGGGUUUCUUCCUGUUGGGAACACCGGUUCACACGCUGGAUGCCUCGUUCGAGCAGUCCGAUUUGGUGCAUCUUAUGGGCAUCACCAAACCGAAGCUGGUUUUUUGUAACCAACACAAUCUGGGUAGGGUGGAGCAAUCUUUAAAAGAAUUAGAGUCCGAUGCUCGAAUCAUGGUUCUGGACACGCCGGAAACCGAAAAGCUACUGUUUGAUCCGGUGGAAGGCGAGGUUGGAUAUCGUGCUCCCUAUCUGGGCGAUUCAGAUAAAACCAUAGCAGCGAUUGUUUGUUCCUCCGGAACAACCGGCCUACCGAAGGCAGUCUGUCUUACGCAUGCCCAACUGAUUGCCCCCUACCCGUGGCUCACCAAUCUGGGCAUCGAUACGAUGCUAUGCUUCAGUUCUCUCUACUGGGUGUCGUCGUUUCAACAGCUGAUGAUGGCUCUUUUCAACGGCCACAAACGAAUCACCACGACAAAGCCUUUCAGCCCAGCGUACGCCUGCGAACUGAUCGCCAAAUAUCGGGUUACGAACAUUUUCACCCCUCCCCCGAUGCUGGCCGAUUUGGUGGUGUAUUGCGAGACUCAACGGGUGACGUUGCCCUCGCUGCGGGUAGUCGGAUGCGGUGGAAGUUCGCUGCCGGAAUCACUGCGCCAGAGGGCCAAUGCGUUGCUAAAGCCAAACGGAAAGGUUUACAUGGGUUAUGCGAUGAGCGAAACUGGCGGAAUCGUUUCGAUCGAUCUGUUCGGCAAACCCAACUCGGCCGGUGUGCUCAUGGCGAAUGUCACUGCAAGGAUCGCCAACGAAGACUGGGAUCUGCUCGGACCCGAGCAGGAGGGUGAAAUUCAGGUCCACUACGCUCACCCCUUCUACGGGUACUACGGUAACGAGGCGGAAACGCAAGCCCUGCAUACCUUCGAUGGGUUCAUCAAAACUGGUGACGUCGGAUACUUCGACAAGACGGGCUUCCUGUACAUCACCGACCGCAAGAAGGAAAUGCUCCGCUACCGGGGCUACCAGAUUGCUCCGGCCCAGCUGGAAGCGGCUCUGAUGGAGCUGCCGGGGGUGGAGCAAGCCGCAGUUGUCGGUGUCCCGGAUCCGGAUCCACCCCAUGUCGAUUUGGCAACGGCUCUGGUCGUACUGUCGUCAGCAACUUCGCCAAACACGACGCCAGAACAGUUACAGAGCGUAUUUAACGAGCGAGUUCCCGACUACAAACGGCUCCGGGGUGGACUGUUCUUCGUCAAAUCUCUACCGCGAACAGCCAACGAUAAGAUUAACCGUCGCGAGGCGACCGCGAUGGCUCGAAAGCUUUCACAACUUUACAACGAUUAACGAUCAUCUUAAUUAUUUUCGUUCUUGUUUUUAUUUUUUCUGUCAUGUUUCAAUUUUUUUGCUGUUUUUUUUUCUUCACUCUAGCUUGUAAAUUGUGUGGUUAGUUUCAUACCGUGUAACAAUUGGCUUCUGCUUCUUCUGUUGUCUACUUUUGUGUCCUUUCAAAAAAAAAUUAAACUACUUGUCGCAAAUCGCUAGGAAAGGGUAGGAAAGAAGUCGGGAAAAAAAUAAAUAACCAUCUUUCUAUUCACUACUUAGCUAGAUAAAACUGAUAAAUAAAGAGAAAAAAAUAGUAACUUGAUAAGAGAUUGAUUGAUUAAUAAGUUGAUGUGCGCUAAGUUUGUUGCACGAAUAUAUUAGGAAAAAAAAUAUCAGGAAAAACCCCACAGUAUGCUAUCUUCCUCACGAGCACACUUAAGUCGGAAGGUAAAUAAAUGAAUCAUGUCUAAGAAUGUGUUGUCUUAUCGUUCUAGUGGUAUAUAA